GAUGCGGGCGCGGAGCAGCCUGGAAAAAUGGCUCUGUCCUGGAUUUACUCGGCGCUCCUGCUUCUCCUUCUUCUUCACAUCGUCACGUUUUGCCAGGCCUUGAGAAAUUAUCCGGAUAAUGAAGUUACGUUGCUGGACUCCAUGUCUGCUCCUGGAGAUCUGGGCUGGGAGGCCUACCCAGCGGAGGGGUGGGAGGAGAUCAGCGUUAUGGACGAGAGGAACACGCCCAUGAGGACAUACCAGGUGUGCAACGUGAUGGAGGCCAACCAGAACAACUGGCUGCGGACAGGCCUUAUUCAACGUGAGGGCGCCCAGCGCGUCUAUGUGGAGAUCAAAUUUACGCUCAGAGACUGUAACAGCCUGCCGGGGGUCCCUGGGACCUGCAAGGAGACGUUCAACGUCUACUACCAUGAAUCCAACAGCGCCUCACCCCCGCCCCUGCGGCACAUCCGUGAGAGCCAGUACGUCAAGAUCGAUACUAUAGCGGCCGAUGAGAGCUUCACACAGACGGACGUGGGCGACCGUGUCAUGAAGCUGAACACGGAGGUGCGGGACAUCAGUGGUCUCAGCAAGCGCGGCCUCUAUCUGGCCUUCCAGGACCUCGGCGCCUGCAUUGCUCUGGUGUCGGUGAGGGUCUUCUACAAGCGCUGCCCUCUAGCUGUGCUUAACCUGGCCCGCUUCGGUGACACGGUGACUGGUGGCGACUCGGCACUGGUGGAAGUGCGUGGGUCCUGUGUAGAAGAUGCGGAGGAGCUGGAGGCUCCCCGCAUGUUCUGCAGUGCCGAUGGAGGCUGGCUGGUGCCCAUCGGACGUUGCGUGUGCAAGCCGGGCUUUGAGGAGGUAGACGGCCGCUGCCAGCCCUGUCGUUCCGGCUUCUACAAGGCCUCUGCCAUGGACGCCUAUUGCGUGAAGUGCCCCCCACAUAGUUACUCUCAUCAGGACAAGGCCUCCGAGUGCGUGUGCGAAAGGGGCUUCUAUAGAGCAGAGACUGACCCUCGCUCCAUGGCCUGCACAAGACCUCCAUCAGCGCCAGGCAACCCCAUCUCCACGGUGAACGAGACAGCCGUGACUUUGGAGUGGAGUCCACCGCGUGACAGUGGUGGAAGAGGUGAUGUCACCUACAGUGUCCACUGUAAAAAAUGUUCGGGCGAGGCGGCCCCAGGAGCCAGCGGGACAGGCGAGAGGUGCGUACCCUGCGGAAGCGGACCUCACUUUAACCCCCGACAGUUCGGCCUGGCCCAUCCCAGAGUGUUGGUCACUGAGCUGCAGCCCCGGACCAAUUACACCUUCAGCAUUGAGGCCCUAAACGGCGUCUCUGACCUGAGCCCCAGCCCCCGACACCUGGUGUCCGUCAAUGUUACCACCAGCCAGACAGUGAGUGUGAUAGUUAAGGAAAGGAAGAGUCGGGACAGCAUCACGUUGGCCUGGCAGGCCCCAGAGCCUUCCGACGGGACGGUGGUGGAGUACGAAGUCACCUACUACGAAAAGAACCAGAGGGAUCAAAACUACACAGUGCUAAAGACCAAGUCCAACAGUAUGACAGUUGAAGGGCUGAAGCCGGGCACUACCUACGUGUUCCGGGUCAGAGCUCGCACUGACGGGGGCUACGGCAACUACGGAGGAGAGAUCGAGCUGGAGACAAGCCAUGAAGACAUGUUGGCAGUGGGUGACCCGAACCAGCAGACCAUCCUGGCUGUGUCCAUAGCAGGAGGAGUGGUCCUGCUCAUCCUCCUGGUGGCUUGUUUUGUGGUCAGUGGCAGGCACUGCGGCUACAUCAAAGCUAAGCAGGACCCCGAGGAGGAGAAGAUGCAGUUCCAGCACGGGCGAGUCCAGCUUCCUGGAACCAGGACGUACAUCCAUCCUCACACGUACGAGGAUCCCAACCAGGCGGUGCGCGAUUUCGCCAAGGAGAUAGAAGUUUCCAACAUCCGGAUAGAGAGAGUGAUCGGAGCCGGUGAGUUUGGGGAGGUGUGCAGUGGGCGGCUGCGUCUGCCCAGUAAGAGGGAGAUCCACGUGGCCAUUAAGAGUCUAAAAGCGGGCUACACGGAGCAGCAGAGGCGAGAUUUCCUCAGCGAGGCCAGCAUCAUGGGCCAGUUCGACCACCCCAACAUCAUCAGACUGGAAGGAGUCGUGACUAGAUGUAAGCCCGUGAUGAUAAUAACAGAGUACAUGGAAAACGGAUCGUUGGACACGUUCUUGAAGAAACACGAUGGGCAGUUCACAGUGAUUCAGCUGGUGGGGAUGAUGCGUGGAAUCGCUGCUGGGAUGCAGUACCUUUCUGAGAUGAACUACGUUCACCGAGACCUGGCUGCACGGAACAUACUAGUGAACAGCAACCUGGUGUGUAAAGUGUCCGACUUUGGACUGUCCCGUGUGCUGGAAGAUGACCCAGAGGCAGCGUACACCACCAGGGGGGGUAAAAUCCCCAUCCGGUGGACCGCCCCCGAGGCCAUAGCCUACAGGAAGUUCACUUCUGCCAGUGACGUGUGGAGUUAUGGCAUCGUCAUGUGGGAGGUGAUAUCCUAUGGGGAGCGGCCAUACUGGGAGAUGUCCAAUCAGGAUGUGAUAAAGGCUGUAGAUGAAGGCUACAGGCUGCCGGCGCCAAUGGACUGCCCUGUAGUGCUGCACCAACUGAUGCUGGACUGCUGGGAGAAGAGCCGCAGCGAGAGGCCCAAGUUUGGACAGAUCGUCAACAGCCUGGACCGGCUAAUCCGCAACCCCAGCACCCUCAAACAGCUGGCCAACAGCACGAUAUGGGAAGACCCAGUGACCCCAGAGCCAGCAGUCAGCACAGUGGAGGACUGGCUGGAUUCCAUUAAGAUGGGCCAGUACAAAGAGCACUUCUCCAACGCUGGCUAUGUCACCCUGGACUCUGUCCUCUAUGUCAGCGUCAGUGAGCUGGGGAAGAUGGGCGUGGCGUUGACAGGCCAUCAGAAGAAGAUCCUCUCCAGCAUACAGAGCCUGCAGGCACAACAGGGGACGCAGGUGCAGGUAUAACCCCCAGCCACACAUAUGGACGGGUCAGACUGCCCACCACUCCAGAAGCCCAUCCCCUCUUCCAGCACUGAAGAACACAGCCUCCCUGGGAUCCACCACCAGGGGCCAGCCAAGACACCAGAUCACUCGGUGGUGUUCCAAUACCGAGGCUCAAAUACUUCAUGCCGCAGUGUGGAAGCAACUCAGUGUGGCUCCAUGCAGACAUGAGGAGAACCACCACUAAACUUGGCGGGCACUGCGAAACCUCACUGUAUUCUCCUACUCAGUUUUCAGUCAAAGUGGAAGAAAAGAUGAGCAUGUCUUGUGAAAAACUCAACACGCUUUUUAUAGUAGUGGUGUCGUGACCCGUUGACUCAGUACUGUUAGUUUUGGCAUAGGUGGUGUUUGU